GAAAGCGCAUCCCGGAGCCAGAAGACACCCAUCCAUCGAUGACUCCCAAGUCAGCGGAGAGUAGCGUGCCAAGCUACCAACGAACCUGAAGGUGCUGAGUUGAAGCAAGACGUGCAGCUAAAUGGAUGAGGCGAAACACAGGGAGACUUAAUUGUGCAGUUAAUGGACGUAGGAGAUCACAUUGAUGUUAAUCCUUCAAGCCCCCAAACAUUUCCAUGGCUUUGGUCUUGCUCAUCGGUCUGGUGUCAGUACUUUUUACAUCCACCUGUGGAUUGAAUUUAACCAGCCCCUCUUCUGAAUACCAAGCAGCGCUAGGACAUGACAUCAGCCUCAGAUGCCAUUUCACCCUUGCUUCUGUGGAUGUUGGCGACUUGGAGAUUGAGUGGACGGUCAACCGUUCAGAUGGUCAAGAGGAAGAGGAACACCUCAUCUGUUACACUGAGAACGUACUACACCACUUCACUGGUUUUGAAGGCCGAGUCCACUUUUCCUCUCCAGAUCCCCAAGAUGGAGAUGCUUCACUAACCAUUAAACGUGUUAAGAUUACAGACAAAGGUACUUAUCAAUGUACAGUAAAAAAGUUUCGAGAAGUCCAAAGCAGUCAGAUUAAGCUGAUGGUAAUGGAGGAGGUGCCUGUUCCAGUUUAUGGUUCCGAUGGUGGCACUGAGUCUGAUGUGGACUUAAAGCUGAGGAACAGGUCUUCACUAGUCACCACCUUCCCUGCAAACUACAGUUUGUUGCCAUCCACCGAAACUUCUGCAAGCUCUCAUGAUGACUUGUCUUCACAAGACAAUGCAAAAACCACCACAGGAACCACCACUGUAAUCACCACAGGAACUAUCACAGGAACCUACCCUCACACACUCCAGGCAACUACUGUUGUGGUAAUGAUGUCAGUAUUCAACCAAGUUUUUGGAAUGGUCCAUGACACUGCUGAAACCCACACGGUUCAUUUGAACCUCACCACGGAAUCUCAAAACACUUCAUCACUGGAUGGGGCAGUAUCAAUCGCAGUGACUGUUCCCAUUACUUUCAUUAUCAUAAUUUCGGCAGGCAUAAUUUUCCGCUGCUGGAAACAAAAAAAACAGCAGAAGUCUGAUGAAGAAAAUGUCUCAGCUGAUGAAGAGAGGUUUGUCCCUGCACAGCCAGAAAUGACCACGAUGGUAGACUGUAUAGAGAACACAUGGAAUUUGUGGGAGAAGAUGGGCAUGGAACUUGAAGACAUAACCAUAACCCUUAUGAAAAUUAAGGAGGAGGAUUCUACAGAAGAGAUACCUGAAACAAAUGUGGAUUAUGAGGAUGGAGAAGUUAUGGGAGCAUUACUUUCAAAGAUUACCAGCUUGUGAGCUUUAAUUCAGCCCAGAGAAAGGCUUCUGUUAGUUUAAGUGUAAGUUUGGUCUGAUCACAAUGGUAUACUGAGAAAAUGGAUGGAAGUUUUUUACAGGGCCACUUGGGGCCAUCACUCAUUUGAAAUAAUGUUAUGUCAUUAUGUACUGACAUAGUGCAUCAUAGCUAGAAUUUGGUUGUUAUUGCAU